UCAGACUCUUUUUGUCUUCUGAUUGCCGUCUUGAGCCCCAACUCUGAUGUGUUCCGUUAUCAGCGACCAGCAACCUGCCGUUCCAGCCCCCGUCUGGGUGGGGAUCAGUGGCGAGUCCCCCGCAGCGGCGGCAGGCAAGGUUAUAUAGGAAGAGAAAGAGCGAGGCAGAGAGAGCCGAGGGCGCCAGCAGCCAGCCGAGCGAGGCGGGGAGAGGGCACAGGCACGCACACUCGCGCACUCGGACCUGCUCGGGCCAGCCUUGAAGUCCUUGGCUGCAUGGACAAGAUGCUGCUGCUGGCGAGAUGUCUGCUGGUGGUGCUAAUCUCCUCGCUGUUGGUGUGCUCGGGGCUGGCGUGCGGACCCGGCAGGGGAUUUGGGAAGAGGCGGCACCCCAAAAAGCUGACCCCUUUAGCCUACAAGCAGUUUAUCCCCAACGUGGCUGAGAAGACCCUAGGGGCCAGUGGAAGAUACGAAGGGAAGAUCACAAGAAACUCGGAGCGAUUUAAGGAGCUCACCCCCAAUUACAACCCCGACAUCAUAUUUAAGGAUGAAGAAAACACUGGAGCGGACCGGCUGAUGACUCAGAGGUGCAAGGACAAGCUGAAUGCCUUGGCCAUCUCCGUGAUGAACCAGUGGCCAGGCGUGAAGCUGCGGGUGACCGAGGGCUGGGACGAGGAUGGCCACCACUCAGAUGAGUCCCUGCACUACGAGGGCCGUGCAGUGGACAUCACCACGUCGGACCGCGACCGCAGCAAGUACGGCAUGCUGGCCCGCCUGGCGGUGGAGGCCGGCUUUGACUGGGUCUACUACGAGUCCAAGGCGCACAUCCACUGCUCCGUGAAAGCAGGUGAGGCAGCGGGCCCACCCAUGCCGACAGUACCCCCUACAGCGCCAGAUCUGCCCCCCCCCCGCUCCCCUGUGUGCUCUACAGCCUGA